AUGGCUGAGAGUGCAGUAACCUUCCUACUCAAUCACCUAACCAUCUUCCUUCAACAAGAGUCAAAACUCUUGGGAGGAAUAAGAGAAGAUGCUGAGGGACAUCAGAGAUACCGUUACAAAUUCAACAUCUCAGAGCACAGCUCAAGCUCCAACACAGUCAACAUCACAUGGUAUGAUCAUCGAGGUGAUGCACUUCUACUCGAAGAAGCUGAGCUUGUGGCCAUUGAUGGGCCCAAGAAGCAGCUGAUUAGGAAACCGGAUCCUCAAAGAUUGGAAGCCAUAGACAACAAUAACCUGAAGGCACAACUCAAGGACUUCCUCCAACAAAGAAGGUACGUGAUUGUUCUCAAUGAUGUGUGGAGUAUAAAUGCAUGGGAUGCCUUAAAAUAUGCAUUGCCUGAUAACAAUUAUGGCAGUCGAAUACUGCUCAUAACACGCAUUGGUAGUGUAGCUUCAACCUCUAGCGUAGAAUCCCAUGGUAACAUCCAUGCUGUGAAGGCAUUGUCGCCAAAAGAGUCUUGGAUUCUAUUUUGUUGGAAGACCUUCCAAGAGAAAUACUGCCCUCCACAUUUAGAGGAACUCUCACAAAGUAUCUUGGAAAAAUGUAUGGGCUUGCCCCUUGAAAUGGUGGCAAUUAGUGGUGUUUUGGCUACCAAAGACAAGAAUAGAAUGGAUGAAUGGGAAAUGGUUAUCAUAUUACCAGAGGAUUAUCAUAUUAAGAUAAUGAAAUUGAUUCGGCUAUGGACUGCGGAAGGAUUUGUGGAAGCGAAAGAAGGGAUGACUUCAGAAGAAGUUGCUGAAGGCUACCUUAAUGAGCUUGUUAAUAGAAGCUUGGUCCAAGUGGCAAUGAUAUGUUACGAUGAAAGGCUUAGAAGGUCCCGCAUCCAUGACCUUUUUCGUGAGAUUAUUAUUUCAAAGUCAAUAGAACAAAGCAUUGCAGCGAUCGUUAGUGAAGAAAACACAAGGUGGCCGAAAAAAGUUCGCCGCCUAUCAAUCCACUAUACCUUGGGAAACUUGCAGCAAACAAAUCAUUUUUCUCAACUUCGAUUGUUGCUAAUGUUCAAAGUGGCAGAGCCUCUAUCUAAGUCAUCAAUGCCUAUAUUAUUCAAUGGUGGUUUGAUGUUGUUAAAGGUUUUGGACCAGAGAGGUGCUUCUUUAGAGACAGUUCCAAAUGAAGUAGCCAAAUUAUUUCAUCUACGGUAUUUAAGCUUGAAGAGAACUGACGUGGUAGGUGACAUGGCACAACUACUAGCACCAUUGCAGAAUGUGUCUGACGUUGCACCAAUGUUCACAUGUUAG